UCUUUCAUUUUUGCAACUUUUAUAUUAUUCCUAUUUUUAAUUGUCUGUUCAAAGGAGCCUGGAGCACCUCCAAGUUCAUCACAAACAGUUAAUCGAUUAUCUCGACAAACUCCAUUACGACGUCCACCAACAGUUGUAAAACCUUCUGCACCAUCAAAACCAGCUCGAAUACCUGUUAAACCAUUAAUACCAGUUGUUACUGAAUCAACACAAACAGUUGAAACACGUGUUAAAACUCCACGCCAAUUUUCGUCAUCAUUUGCACAUUUUAUUGAUAAACUUAAAGAAUUAAAUUGGUUUGAAGAACAAUAUCCAUUAGUCAAAAUUGAUAUUUUUCUUGAAAAUUGUGAUGAAAAUGCAUUCCCACCUGAUGUAUUACAACGUCUAGAUUUUAUUUCCAACGUUGAAAAUCGAAUUAUAGUUUUACAUGAAAUUGAAAAUUUCUAUCGUACAAAUCCAAUAAAUGAUCAAACAUGUGAUACAUUAAUCGAUAGAAUUUUAUUUCAUUUAACUAAAUUUAAUUCACCUAAUUAUGGAAUACAUGAUAUUGAAUUUAUUUCAACUUACCUUCGUUUAUUAGCUCACUUCAAUAAAAUGACUAUGGAAGUUAUUGCUGAAUUUAUUUAUUGGUAUUUAGAAGGUGGCGAACAAAUUCGAGCAUUUGUUAAAACUUUGUUUCAACAAUGUGGUUUAGAUGAUCCAUUUGGACAUUUUUAUAAUGAAAUGGAUUCAUGGAAAUUAUGGGAACUUGAUCCAAAUCAACCACGACGUGCAGGAAUUAAAGCGCUUGCUUUUGAAUGGCUUCGACAGUAUGUAUUCAGAAUAGUUAGGAAUGCCAAACAAAUGCAGUUGAUAAUGAAGGAAAUGAUCUUAACUCCGAGGUCAUUUAUCUUAUCAUAUCAUACUCUUCUUCCAAUAGUUUUGGACUAAUAAUCGACGGAAAUAUCUAAAAAAAAAGAUAGUCUUUUUAUGACAUAAAAAUUUUGUCAAAGUUUUAUUACAGUAAUUCCAAAGGCUAUUACAAUUGAUCGAAUAGAAAAGUUCAACUAUUGAAUUAUAUUUGAUAAUUUAAAAAAUGUUGAGUAAACUUCUCUCAGAAUAGUAAUUCGCCGAACUUCUAAUUUGUUUCGCAAGUCAAAUGUAUGGAGAUGAACUUUUAUUGUGUUGUAGCUCUGUUUUGAUUCUCUUCCAAACACAAAAGUGCAAAAGAUUUGAUAAAUUGGAGUUUUCAAACUAUCUAAGAAUUUUGAAGCGAACUAUGAGAGUUAUUAACGAACCAAUAAUUGACUUCUAUACUUUUCCAGUUCCAUAUUAUCGGAUAAUUUGAGUUAUACAUUCAUUACAGUACUUUUCUAAUUCCUACGCUCAUCUAUCGUCAGCACAGUGUGGAUCUUAAUAUAGAUACGUUAGAUCAUGCUUAUUACGAUACUUUGCUUUUAGAAGCUAUCGAGCUUUGGAAGGUUGAAAAGAAAACUUCUGUAUGUCUCUGCCAGGUAAUGUCAUCUUCGAAGCUUAUGUACAGCUCAGGGACUCAAGGGAAUAUAUUUCAAUUAUCUCGAAAGAAGUAUAAAGUAAACCUUGAUUACAAAUUGCGGGCUUCUUAUUUUUAUGAAAUAGGUAAUUCACAUGUUAUGCGUGUUUCAAUAAUGGAUAUUAUCCUCAUCUCCUACUCACCAUUUUCGA